UAGAGGCAAGAAUGCAAGAUGGCUCUUGUUUUAUUAUCCUUGGCUUUGCUCUUACUCUCAGCUCAGGGUCAUUUGCAAGAUUAUGAAAUUGUGCAGUGUUACUCGUCCUUUUAUAAUUGUGUUAGUAAUACUAAUGGAGUCAGUCUUGCAGCUAUUGACUGCUGUAAUAGAACUAGUGGAGGAUAUAUAUCUCAUUCUUCACUAGCUGCACAGUGUGGUGCAUGCGUUGUUGUUGGUUUUGAUCAAUCACGUGUGCAUAUUGGUCCAAGUGAUGCUGGUAGAAGAUACUCAUUUACUGCUGAUGUACUCCUCAGUACUCCUGGGGCUCCUGAUGUUACUGGUCUGGAUUACGUUAUUUCACGAGAGCCAGCUAUGCCAGUUAAUAUUGAUAACUAUCUAAGCUCAGAUUUUACUGGACGAACCAAUGGUUUCCUACCAGAAAGGUUUAGCAUACGAUAUGUAUCACAAGGGAAUGCUGUUGCUCUUCAACCAACUCUUUCAUUUGAUUACACAAUUGCUGCUGAAACUGGUCCAAUUGAUCCACCAAUACCAUCAGGAGUUGUACUUGUAUACAGAUGUCUUAGCAUUACAAUUGAUGAUAUAGACAUAAUUUUUGUAGGUCUGAUAGGAUCAUGCCCAUGCUUUCCACCACCAUUAGAAGGUGGUAAUGCUGUAGUUGGCAUUAGACGUCAAAGUAUUGAGUAUGAAACUCCUUUUGAAGUCACUGUCUCCCUUGAGAGGUAUACUGGCCCAUUGGCUCCUGAUGAAGCUGCUGUAGGAGACUUUGAUUUAUUCAAUUUUACUGAACAACGUAGUGUUGUGUUUCAACCAGCAACAACAUGUCAAUUUCGGUUUGAUCAACGUUUUGAACGUGUGAUUUUCUUCAUGCCACGGGAUAAUAUUGUGGAGUUACAAGAAGUGUUUAGAAUGAGACUCAGUGUUAAUGAUUCUAGAGUUAGACUAGAUCCUGACACUCAAAUAGUAAGACUUGAAAAUCGAGAUGUUUUCAGUAUUGGACUUAGAGAACUAGAAGUUACUAUUAAAGAAGGAGAAGUUGCCCCAUUAACUAUAAAGCAGAUAGGAGAUGAGACUGGUGGUUUAGACAUUGGAGGUUAUCCAGAGAGUCGUUUACAACCAGUUCGAUUGAGACACAUAGCUGGGACUGCCACAAGGGGUAGUGAUUACUCUCUUAAAUUUACUGUUCCAAGAUUAACUUUAAGAGCCAAUAAUAGACUGAAUGAUAUUACAUUCACUCCUAUCACUAGUAUUGAUGAUAAUAUCAUUGAGGGAAAUGAAACAAUAAGAGUCAUCAUAUUACCUGGUGGUGACAAUGUUGUUCAAGUACAGAGAGCUCUGCAGACAGCUACCAUCACCAUUAUUGAUGAUGACACUGGUGUGCUGUCAUUAGAGAGAGGAACAUAUGAUGUGAUUGAGAAUGAAGGAACUGUAGAAAUAUGUGCUGUACUAACUGGAGGAGUAUUAUCAACUGAUACAGAAAUAACCAUAAGAGCUAAAGAUAACACUGCACGAUUUAGGAGUGACUAUAAUACUCGUAGAAUUCGUUCAAGAUUACGUGCAUUUACAAACAGGACAUGUGGUAGAUUUAAUGUUAUCAAUGACACCAUUAGUGAACAACUAUUUGAGAACUUUACAGUAUUUAUAAGUGAUGUCUUUCCAGAAAGUAGUGGAUUAACAAUAAACCGGAUUCCAUCAUUCAUCAGGAUACAAGAUGAUGAACCUAAUUGCAUUGAUGGAUCCAUUCGUCUUGUUGGUGGUACAAACAGCAUGGAGGGACGUGUUGAGGUAUGCAGUGGUGGAGCAUGGGGUACAGUCUGUGAUGACUCCUGGGAUUCCACUGAUGCUGGUGUUGUAUGUAGACAGCUGGGAUAUGGUUCAGGAACAGCCUUUGGUAGUGCCUACUUUGGACAAGGAAAUGGAUCAAUUGUUUUGGAUGAUGUCCAGUGUGAUGGACGUGAAUCUUACUUUACAAACUGUACACACACCACAAAUCACAACUGUGCUCACUCUGAAGAUGCAGGAGUCAGAUGUGCUUAUUGUACUACUGGAUCAAUCCGUCUUGUUGGUGGUUCACACGGUUGGGAAGGAAGAGUGGAAGUGUGUGAUAGUGGAUCAUGGGGCACUGUCUGUGAUGAUUUCUGGGGCUCCCCUGAUGCAGCAGUAGUGUGUAGACAACUAGGCUGGGGAACAAGUGGAACUGCUCGAACAAAUGCCUACUUUGGUCAAGGUACUGGUAGUAUCCUCCUGGAUGAUGUUCAGUGCACAGGAACAGAAGAGUUUUUGACAAACUGCACACACUUGAGUACUCACAACUGUGGACACUCUGAGGAUGCUGGAGUAAAUUGUGACGUUUGUACUUCUGGUUCUCUGCGUCUUGUUGGUGGAUCAAACUCGAAUGAGGGAAGAGUGGAACUGUGUCAAAAUGGAAGGUGGGGUACAGUGUGUGAUGACUUCUGGGACAACACUGAUGCUGGUGUUGUAUGUAGACAGCUGGGAUAUGGUUCAGGAACUGCCUUUGGUAGUGCCUACUUUGGACAAGGAAGUGGAUCAAUUUUGAUGGACGAUGUCCAGUGUGUUGGAAGUGAAUCUUACCUUACAAACUGUACACACACCACAAAUCACAACUGUGGCCAUUAUGAAGAUGCAGGAGUCAGAUGUGCCUAAUUGCACUGUUAUGAAUGAAUCAUUGCUUGUACCACAGAUUGAUAAUGAAACAAUUAUUUUUGUGAAAUUCAUGAAAUUUUAGUAUACUGUAUACACCAUAUAUUUUACAGAGAUUAAAUUUCACAAUUUUGCAUUUUGAAAAAAU